UAGCUCAAACACAGUGUUUAAAAGGGUCACUAAAACGUGCCGACGUUACCGUGGGACUCAAAGAGCUAUUAAGUAGGAGUCGAAUGAUGCAGACUGUUGUCAUAGGAGGGGACAGAUAGGAGGACACAACCCUUUGGCUGUAGUUGGAACAUCCCAGUAGAACUUGACAAGGCGUAUCAGAGGUGGCAUCUUAACAACCCUGUAAGGAACUCUAGGAUUUCCAUUGGGAUUUUAGGAGGACAAGAACAGUUUGCAGUUUGGAGAUUGCAGCGUCUGAACCAUGUUCUCCACGGCCACUUCAUACAAGAACCAGCAUUACUCGGAGCUGAAGAAGGAAUGUCUGGAGGACAAGAAACUGUUUGAGGAUCCAGAGUUUCCUGUCACCAACGCAUCCCUGUUUUACAGGAAACCACCUCCUGGUAUGGUGGAGUGGAAGAGACCGCGGGAAAUCAGCGACGAGCCUCAUCUGUUUGUGGAGGGCAUCAGCUCCCAUGAUCUGAACCAGGGCCGUGUGGGUAACUGCUGGUUUGUGGCGGCGUGCUCCUGCUUGGCACUGAAAACAGACCUCUGGCAGAAGGUCAUCCCUGACUGGAAGGAGCAGGAAUGGGACUCCAAGCACCCGGAGAACUACGCUGGCAUCUUCCACUUCCAGUUCUGGGUGUUUGGGGAGUGGGUGGAUGUGGUGGUGGAUGAUCGCCUGCCCACCAUCAACAGAGAGCUCAUCUACUGCCACUCCAAACUCAACAACGAGUUCUGGAGUGCCCUGCUUGAAAAAGCCUAUGCCAAGCUCUCUGGCUGCUAUGAGUCGCUGGAUGGGGGCAACACUGGUGAUGCGGUUGUUGAUUUCAGUGGAGCCGUGACAGAGGCCAUUAACCUGGAGGCUGAAGUUUUCCACAAAGACCAGGAGAAAAUAGACAACCUGUUUGAGGACUUGCUCAAAGUCUACGACAGGGGUGGAAUCAUCAGCUGCUCCAUCAAGGCGUCUCCUUCUGAAAUCGAGGCUUGGAUGGCGUGCGGGCUAGUGAAGGGCCAUGCCUACUCAGUGACUGCAGUGAAGAAAGUACGGUUGGGCCACGGUCUGAUGGCCUACUUCCAGAACAAGACCAUCCCCCUGAUCCGCAUGAGAAACCCCUGGGGAAAGACUGAGUGGAACGGAGCCUGGAGUGACAGCUCAGCAGAAUGGGAAAGGGUUGGCAGCAUGGAGAGGGAUAAGCUUGGCAUCACAGUAGAAAACGAUGGGGAGUUCUGGAUGGCGUUUACAGACUGGUGUAAGUACUUCACGGAUGCAGAUGUGUGUCAUCUCAUCAACACCUCUCUGCUCACCAUCCACAAGACAUGGCACGAAGUGGUGCAUUUCGGGAGUUGGACCAAGCAUUCAGAGCCCCUGCACAACCGCUGUGGUGGCUGCAUGAACUACAAACAGACCUUCCUACAGAACCCCCAGUACCUGUUUGACAUGACCAAGGAGAUGGAUGAGGUUCUGAUCUCCCUACAGCAGAGAGACAUGAAGAUCCACAGACGUAUCGGCCAAGGAGAGAACCUCACCCUUGGCUUCGCCGUCUUCAAGGUGGAACUAAACAGAAAGUACCGCAUGCAUAACAUCAUCACCCAGACGAACGUGCAAACGUCCAAGUACAUCAACGCCCGCACGGUGUUCACGAGGGUCACGCUCCCCAAGGGUCGCUACAUCAUCAUCCCCUCCACCUUAAAACCGGAGAUUCUGGGAGAGUUCAUGCUGCGCGUUUACACUGAUGUAGACUCAGGAUGCAGAGAGCUAACAGAACACAAGCCCAGGAUGAGGUGUUGGAGUGCAGUCACUGGCUACCCCCAUGUUGUGUCCCAGAUCUACAUCCACGGAGCAGAGGGGCUGGAGAACCAGGACGGCACAGGGGGUGCAGAUCCAUACGUGAUUGUGUCCUGUGAGGGCCGCUCAGUCCGGUCAACAGUUAAGGCAGACACCCUGGACCCGGUGUUUGAGACCAGAGCCAUCUUCUACAGAAAGAAGCCCAGGAAGCCAAUCACUGUGGAGGUGUGGAAUAGUAACGCUGUGAAGGACCAGUUCCUGGGCCAGGUGGUUCUGACAGGCUCGUUAAAAGACUCCACCAAACCCCAGAGGCUCCAGCUAAGGAAAAGAGGCAGAGCCAUGGCCGACGAGAUGCCUGGCUCCAUCACCCUCCGCAUCGUCACCUGCACCGAGCUCACAGAGAUGUGACCUGGAUCAGCUGACUACUACCUGGGUCACAUUGACAAUGUAUACAAGACUCUGUCACCUCUUCCUUGCAAUAACAACGUCAGAAGGAGACUUUGGACAGGAGCUUAUCACUACAAGACAUCAUUUUGGUUGUCAGAAUGACUAUCAAUUAUUUUAAGGACUGGCAUGGUCAUUGACCAAGAAGAACCUUCUAGCCUUCCGGAGUACAUUUUUUCUUACUGUUAUUGCAUUACUUUGUGUUUUGUAAAGAGACAAGUUAUGCCUUUUUGAAAGGUGAAUGAAUGUGAAAAAGUCAGCAUGAAGCAAGACAAAAUGCAAUUAUUUUAUACUAAACCAUACACUAUGAAACAAAAUAGCUAAUUGAAGUGAUACACAUGUUGUAUCUGUAUACAAAAUGAUGCAACAUAUACAUUUUAAUAACAUGUUUGUUAUCAUAUACAAAUGUAUGUGCCUCUUUUGAUAUUGUUGAGAAACAGACGAAAAAGGUUUCCGUUUUUGCUACACAAUGGUGUAAAGUCUUGAAUAACCUGAAUGUACAGUAUCUACAGUGUAAGUUUUGGACUAUGGUCAUCAAUUUGUAUCCUUCCACUGAGCAACUUGAAAUGUCUAAAGAGUAUACUGCAUGUGUCUAAACUACCGUACUCCCCUUGCUCAAAAUGAUUUGCCAGGUAAUCCCUACUAAAAGGUCAAAGUACAUCUAUUCAAAAAGUUAAUUUACAAUGAUGUUUUAAUUUUUUAUUUUAUUUCAGUCCAGUUCCCAAACUGCAGUAUUUUGUUGUUUUACACUCAAGACACAGCCAUGCACAAUUCAUAAUUUAAAAAAGUCUAUAGCUUUAACCACAAUUAAAAAUAGCUUAUCCGAAACCUUAGUUUUCCCCUGUCGCUUUUUCUCAUCUGUCUGUUUCCAAAGAUGGGGGCUGCUGAGGUUUACCAGACAGAUCAGCGGUUAACACACCCACAUGAUGAUAAUAAUAGUAGAAUAAUAAUAGGAAUAAUUUAAAAAGAAACACUUUUUUGUCUUUGUUCCAUUCUCUUGAUACACAUUUAUAGAGGAAUUUUCACACCACGUGUACAGGUUUACACAUUCAAAAGAGAGGAAUGUACAGGAGCGACCGCAGAAGAGGAGCGGACCAGCGGGGCGGGGUGGGGCAGGCCGGGGGGCCGCUAGCUGUCCCAGAGUUCAUCUUUGUGCUCAUAGUUCAGGUACAUAGGUGAGACCAAAGGUCACAGGGCAGAUCGUCUCUGUGAGGUCCCUGAUACUCUCAGCCACAGGCACACUCAGCAGUCGUGCUCCGGACAGACAGACAGGCUCCAUGGGCGUGCUGGAGACAGACAGGACUGCUUCCAAUGGCUCUGUGUCCAGGUGGAGUACUGUCUGACACAGCCCAAGCAGGAUUGUUCCAUCCAGGAGUGUUUAGACAAUGUUUAUUUUCAUGUUCAAUUUCCAGGGUGCAAACCAUUUACAAAUACAUAGGCCUACUAUAGAGCAACCUGAA